AUGGCGGUCACAAUGACCGUGGAGCUUGGCUUAGAUGGAAAAUACGCAACACGGAACGGGCCCCGAUCAAGAGAAAACGUGAGAAGCGAAAAUGUCGAGGAGCAACCCCUUGAUAGACAUGCUAAUUGCGGCGAGAGCGAGGAAAGUGUUGAGAACAUCGAAAGCCGGAGGGCCUUAUUGGCAUGUUACAUAUGCAGUGCUAGUGUGUCUAUCGCUUUCCAUCGACCUAAACCGUAUCAUUUUACUCCCUACAUGGCAGAAAGCAUCGAUAUACUUGAAUCCUCUCACUAUGCGGCACCGACCGAUAAAUGUCUUGCCGCAUGGGCCAAGUUACAAAGUGUCAUGGAUCUAUCUGCCAACUCCCUGCGUUUGAAUGACCAAGCUGAUGUUGAUGCUCAUACUGAAGACCAAAUACAAUUAAAUCUCAAGAACUGCUCCAAGCAACUUCAUGAUUGGGAGAAAAGCUUGUCUCCCGCAAUAAUGAAUGAAUGCUUAUAUAUAAAUUAUCGGUUUUUGGUUUGCCUCCUUCACGAGAGUGGCUUGUACGCGGAUUACGAUCCCAGAGACUUCAAACCACCAUAUUGGAUAAGCAAACUCAGAACCAAGCGACCGGAAAAGGCUACUGGGCGCACCACUUUCACCCCGAAUCAUAUAUCCUCAGUCAUGGCGUGCCUAUCUUCGGCUCACUCUCUUCUCGACACAUUUUUGUCCAUGUCUGUCCGCAGUCUCCAGUUUAGUCCUGCCAUUGUCAUUGUUCGAGCAGUUUAUGCAAUUUUUCUGUUGUUCAAGAUCUUUUUUUCGGCUUCAGCAAUCGACGGCAAUCUGAAUCAAAUUUUGGACCCUACGGCGAUUAAAUUGUCGUUCUAUCUGCAGCAAUUGAGACUCAAACUUGUCGAGGUCGCAUCCCUGGGCUGCAGAUUAGCGGCGAAGUUCUCUAGUGUCACAACCAAGCUACAAGAAUGGCUCCGCGUUGAACAUCCUUGGGAUGUCCACGAUGCCAAGAUGCCACAGGAUCUAGAACUCAUCCAGUCGUUCAGAUUUAUCUCCCUUGGGACGGAAAGCCGAACGCCUCCUUCUGAUCGUGAGAAGCCUGGCCUCCCACAGAUCGCGUCGUUUACGAACCAUGAACCACUAGCAGGUAAUUCGGACCCCUUCGAACUCAAAUAUCCCGAAGUCGGCCGUUCUUCCAUGCUGAAUUCUGGUAACUUGAUGCCCUUGGAACCCUCCGCAAAUUCUGCCCACAAUGACGAUAGCUCUGCAGCAAUACCUUCUGGGGACACAAUCCUAACAUCGGAACCACCACCGACAGACUCCGGACUCCCAGACUGGUCGGGACAGUCUCCUACCGAUUCUGUACCAAGGCUUAGCCUGAUCUUGGCUGAUGAAUUCCUUGAUCCCAAUUUCGAUCUCAAUCUGGAUCUCGGUUACAAUAUGGACAAUGGUGGCGGCGGAGAUCUAGCGACAGACGUCCCACUUUCAGCGGACUUGCCGUAUCCACCUUCACUGAAUCACACAGAUCAUCAGGUUGAUGGCGUCGACGAGCUGCAGUUUCCUCCAGACACCGGACAUCGGCGCGGAAAUGCUGAAAGGGUGUAA